GCUUCCCUAGGCACCAUCUGUCCCAGAGGUCCAGUCUCCUGUUGCUGUGGGAGAGCAGGCCCCAUGGCGACUGCAGCGACGGUGACCACUCAGCUCCACUUCCUGGAAGGCCAGUCCUACACAGUCCCCCUGAUCCAGCCGGACCUGCGGCGGGAAGAGGCCGUCCAACAGGUGGCCGACACCCUACAGUAUCUCCAGAAAGUCUCAGGGGACAUCUUCAGCAGAAUCUCGCAGCAUGUGGAGACAACUCGGACACAGCUGCAGGCCAUCGGGGAGCGAGUGUCACUGGCCCAGGCCAAGAUCGAGAAGAUCAAGGGCAGCAAGAAGGCCAUUAAGGUGUUCUCCAGCGCCAAAUACCCGGCCCCGGAACACCUGCAGGACUACAGGUCCAUCUUCGCGGGCGCCCGGGACCCCGGGGCCCAGAGACGUCCCCCCCGGCACCGGAUCUUGAGCAAGCACCCCGCCCUGGACGAGAAGGCCCUGCAGGAGAAGCUGAAGUAUUUCCCCGUGUGUGUGAGCCCCAAGGCCCAGCCCGAGGAUGAGGCCGAGGAGGGACUGGGAAGCUUACCCGGAAACAUCCGCUCCCUCAGCUCCCUCUUGCUGUUCAACACCACCGAGAACCUGUACAAGAAGUACGUGUUCCUGGACCCACUGGCCGGAGCCGUGACCAAGACGCACGUGGCGCUCGGGGCGGAGACGGAGGAGAAGCUGUUCGAUGCCCCGCUCUCCAUCAGCAAGCGAGAACAGCUGGAGCGGCAGGUGGCUGAGAAUUAUUUCUACGUGCCGGACUUGGGCCAGGUGCCCGAGAUCGACGUGCCAUCCUACCUGCCUGACCUGCCAGGCAUCGCCGACGAUCUCAUGUACAGCGCAGACCUGGGCCCGGGCAUCGCACCUUCCGCCCCCGGGGCCAUCCCGGACCUUCCCUCCUUCGCGGCCGAGCUGGCCGAGCCCUGCAGACCUGAGCUGGAGGAUGGGGCCUUGACUCCUCUAGCACCGCCUCCCCCACCCCCACCGCCGCCACCGCCACCCCCUCCAGCCCCCAUGGUCCUGGCCAGUGCCCCCCCACCGCCCCCACUGCCCCAGACGCCGGCCACCCCCGCCCAGGCGGCUGACGGGGCCGGAAGCAGCACGUCGGCAUCAGGACCGGUCCAGGGGGCUCCCAAGGAGGUGGUGGACCCAUCCAGCGGGCGGGCCACGCUGCUGGAGGCCAUCCGUCAGGCUGGGGGCAUCGGAAAGGCCGGGCUGCGCAGCGUCAAGGAGCGCAAGCUGGAGAAGAAGAAGCAGAAGGAGCAGGAGCAGGUGAGAGCCACGGGCCAAGGUGGGGACCUGAUGUCCGACCUCUUCAACAAGCUGCUCAUGAGGCGCAAAGGAAUCUCCGGGAAGGGGCCGGGGGCGGGGGGCAGCGAGGGGCCCGGGGGUGCCUUCACCCGCAUGUCGGACUCCAUCCCGCCCCCACCGCCCCCGCAGCAGCUGCCUGGAGAGGAGGAGGGGGAGGAAGACUGGGAGCCCUAGGAGGAUCAGGGGUCUGGGGGCCCCCCCACUGGAGCCCUGCCAUGGUCAGGGUGUAGCAAGGCUGUCUGGGAGCUGUCCCAUCAAGGCCUAGUUCUGGGGAGGGUGGGGUCCAGAGUGUGUCUCCCCGCCUACCCCCAUGGCAUGGCAGGGGGCGAGGACAGCACUGGGCAUAGCUACCCUGCUCUCACGGACGGAACUGCAGCAAGAGUCAAUAAAGAUGCAUUGGUCCACGGUUA